CCCAGCCCUGCCGCCCGGCCCCAGGCCCGGCCGCGGCNCAACAAGAAAAAGAACCAGCCGGGCAAGUACAGCCAGCUGGUGGUGGAGACGAUCCGCAGGCUGGGCGAGCGCAACGGCUCGUCGCUGGCCAAGAUCUACACGGAGGCCAAGAAGGUGGCGUGGUUCGAUCAGCAGAACGGGCGCACCUACCUCAAGUAUUCCAUCAAGGCGCUGGUGCAGAACGACACGCUCCUGCAGGUGAAGGGCACCGGCGCCAACGGCUCGUUCAAGCUCAACCGCAAGAAGCUGGAGGGCGGCGGCGAGCGGCGCGGAGCCACGGCGGCCACCACCGCCCCGGCGCCCGCCGCGCACAAGGCCAAGAAGGCGGCCCCGGGCGCGGCCGGCUCCCGGCGCGCGGACAAGAAGCCGGCCAAGGGCCAGAAGCCCGAGAAGCGCUCGCACAAGAAGGGCGCCGCCUCCAAGAAGGACAAAGGCAGCAAGGCUAAGAAGGCGGCGGCCUCCGGGGGCAAGAAGGUGAAGAAGGCGGCCAAGCCCAGCGUCCCCAAGGUUCCCAAGGGCCGCAAGUGAGCGCGCCGGCCUGCCGGGUGUUCCCGGCGUUCGGUUUUUCUACCCCAAGUGUAUGUAGGUUUUGUACGGUUGUCCGGCCGGGCCGCCGCCGCCUGCUCUGAGCCGCACGGCGGGCCCCGGGCCCGCUCCAUCCCCUCUCCGCUUCCCCUCCCCCGCCGCCGUAGCCUUUUUUGUUGUUGUUUUUGCUUUAGAUUUUUGAAACGGCCUGGCGACGCCCCUAUUGGCUCUCGCCCUUGGCAACGGCCGUCGCCAUGGUUACCGGCCCCUAGGCGCCAAUGGCCGCGGCCGCGCCUGCCCGCCCGGGCGGGGGCCGCGGGGUGGCCGGGCCCUGGUGUGCGGGGACCCGGCUGCCGCUCCGCCCUUCCCCACUCCCCAUCCUCCGCCUUUGGGUGCGCGACAAACAAUCGCUCGGGGCGCGGGCCGCGCGGCCUUCCCUUCAUCCCGCCGGCCUUUUUGGGGCACAAUAAAUUGUUUAAACCUUUGAA